CGGCGACCGCCGAGGGACAAUCCUGCCGCGCCCGCAGCCUCCUGGGCUCCCCGCACAAGUCCCGCCUCCAGGUCCCACCUAGUCCCCCGAACAACGCGCAUGGGUUUGCGCAACGUGUGUGCCCUGAGACUCACUCGGUGUCUGCCCGCGCCCUCCGAGCAUGGCUUAUCAUCUGGUUACCAUUUCUGAGUCGUUCUUCAGUGUGGUAGAUGCGGCUGCCCAGCAACCCAGGCCCUCGGUCACAUGGAACCUGGGCUCGCCUUUGGGUUAUUCGACCGCCGCCCAGGCCACCACCAGUUCCGGCACCACCCCGGCCUGGACCUUCCAGCGCGAUAGGCUCGGCUCUCACCCCGAAAUCAACGUAGGGACCCACCCGCAGAUCUGCUUCCUGCGGCCGCGGACAGCGCAGCUGCCGGUGCUCUUCAGCUUAAUGAAUUCCAGUGAAGCAGCAGUGAAAAAAUUUUUGCCCAAGAGCAACUUACCCCGGGUGAUUAUUCGUGACAACCUCAGUGCACAACGAGUCUAUGAGAUGGAGAUAAGAGCUUCAGACAAGACCAAGAGAAAGAUGAGCCACUUGUAUGACCAUCUGAAGAAAAAGUUCAUGACCGACCAGCUCAGAAAGCUGGGGUGCUGGAGACGGGAAUCCAUGAACAUCCAGCAGUACCUGGGAAGCAUCCAAGUAUGCAAGAUAAGGAAACUGAGGCCAGAGAGGUGACCUGAUAUACCCAAGGUCAUGCAGAAUGUUAAUGGCAGAGAACUAGAAGCAGGUUUCCUUACUGCCAUGGAGUGGUCAUUCUGCAUCACAACACCUGCUAGGUAAGGACAUCAGUACUCUCAGUGGCUGUCCUCACUGUCCUCACCAUGCCCUCUCCAGUCUUGCUGCCUGGCAGCAGACCUUCCUCUAGGCUGAAUUUCCAGGAGUCCCCAGCCCAGGUGGCCUGCAGAUGGAGGGGGAGGGGGAGAUGUUCAUGAUGUUUUUCUUUUCCUCCUUUAUGGUCUUCCUUUGAGAACUGGAGUGUGCUGCUUUUCAGUAGGGGUAAAAGCAGUCUUUUCCCAGACUCUUAUCUGUUCCCUUGGCUGAUCACAACUGAUUAGAAUAAUUGAUUUUCAAUAUUUAAAUUUUAUUUUAAUAUUUUCAAUGUUUAAAUUUUAUCAAACAAGCAAUAUGACCACAUUUGCCAAAGACCUCUUCUGUUAGAUCAACCAUUGUUAGCGCUUUGGUGUCUUUCCUAAAUUUGGUGUAUUUGUUUCCUUUCCACAAAUAUUUUCCCUUGACCAUCAGCUGAUGUACCAGGAAAGGGGAAAGGCUCUGGGGAUCCUGGAGUCUUUACAGGACACACAGAGCAGCCCCAGCCCCUCUUUCUCCAAACUGUCCCCGGGGUCUCCCUGCUUCCUGGAUCUCAUUUAAUGCAUUCUCUCUGAGCCUUACCCCAGUCUAGCCUCCAGCCACAUGCACCCUUCUCCCCUGGAUGGCUGGCCUUGGCUGAGGGUCUUUGCAUCCUCUUGCUGUGGCUGGAAGGAUUGGGGGAUCCUUGGGAGUGGAGCAGGUGGUGGAGCUGAGAUGUCAACCUAAUGAGUCAUGUUAUAGGUCACUACUUCACCUCUGAUUGUGUGGACUUAGUCUUCCCAUUUUCACAUUAAAAACCAGGGAAUGUUGUGGCACCUCGGUGGCUCAGUCGGUUGGACGUCCAACUUCGGCUCAGGUCAUGAUCUCACAGUUUGUGGGUUUGAGCCCCUUGUUGGGCUCUGUGGUGACACCUCGGAGCCUGGAGCCUGCUUUGGAUUCUGUGUCUACCUUUCUCUCUGACCCUCCCCCACUCAUGCUUUGUCUCUCUCUAUCUCUCAAAAAUAAAUAAAUGUUAAAAAAAAAUUAAAAAGGGGUGCCUGGGUGGCUCAGUUAAGCGUCCUACUUUGGCUUAGGUGAUGAUCUCGAGGUCUGUGAGUUCGAGCCCUGCAUUGGGCUCUCUGCUGACAGCUCAGAGCCUGGAGCCUGCUUCAGAUUCUGUGUCUCCCUCUGUCUCUGCCCUUUCCCCAUUUGCACUCUGUCUCCCUCUCUCUCAAAAAUAAAUAAACAUUAAAAUUUUUUUUAAAAAAUUAAAAACGGGAUGUUGCAUUUAAGCAGGGAACAAGACAUGAUAGAAUUCUGGAGACUCCACUUAAUUGUUGGGUGGGAAAAAGAAGUUUAAAGAGAAGAAAAAUCAGCAAGGAAAGAAUGGAGGGGUGUUGGAUGGGAUGAUAUUGUUCAAGAAAUAGAAUCUUGAAGUUAAGGAGGUUUAGAGAUUCUUUAGUUCAGUGGAUACACAUACAUGCAUGCACACAUGUGUGAAACUAUUAGUUCAAAUGAAAUUUUGCCUGGAAGCCCAUUAUGGUAAUCAAGACUUUUGCCAUAUUAACAUUUAUUUAGCACUCAUGUGCCAGGCACAAGGCUCAGCUCUUUUCAAACAUGAGUCAUUGAAUCCUCCCAAUGACAAAG